GCUCCCCCCCAGCCGCCGCAGCCAGGGCAGGCGCAGAGCCCCCCGCGCUGUUUACCCGGGCCGGGCCGGAGGAAGCGCCAGCGCGCCAUGGCAGCUGCGGCUCUAGCCAGCCUCUCCGGGCAGCAUCCGCAGUGAAGACCGCCGCCGCCUCGACUGGCCCGGCCUCGCCUCGCCUCGCCCGCGGCGCCUCGCCUCUUGCUCGCCUCGGCUCGGCUGCGCGGCGCGGCGCUACGCCCGGAGAAGAUGGCGGAUCGGGCGGAGAUGUUCUCGCUCUCCACCUUCCACUCGCUCUCGCCGCCCAGCUGCAGACCCUCCCAGGACAUCAGCCUGGAAGAAUUUGACGACGAGGACCUUUCUGAGAUCACAGACGAUUGUGGCAUUGGCCUGAAUUAUGACUCGGAUCACAACGAGAAGGACUGCCUGGGGCUGGGCAGGGGGGAGCAGCCCCACCCCACCUGUACCUUUCAGGAAGACUUCCAGGAGUUUGAGAUGAUCGAUGACAAUGAAGAGGAGGAAGAGGAGGAUGAGGAAGAGGCGCCCCCCUCCCCUUUGGGGUCGCUGAUACCUUCACCCACCCCCGAGGACCCCCAGAAGCUUCGUCCCACCACCCUCAAUUUGACAGUCACAAGCACCCAGGAUUCCCUGAACAACAACAACAGUGGCUGCAACGUAGCUCCCCCCCUGCAGCGGGCCACGUGGCAGGAGACCCUGCUGCACUCCUCUUCUUCCUCCUCUUCCUCCUCCUCGGUCUCCCAUACAGAGCGACCGUCUCCCUUGCACGCCUGUCUCCAGGACGGACCCUGCAGGGACGUCCAGAGCAGCAAAGGGCCGGCUGUGUCCCGGGCCCCUGGCAAGCCCUCACUUUUUGAUGCCGAAGGCAAUAGCCAGGGUCUGCAGAGAGGCCCCCCUGGGGGGGAGGAUUAUAACAUGAACGUUGUCUCCACGGUGCAGCCUCCUUCCAUCUUGACCAGCGCAGCAUCUGGGAAGCCUCCUGAAGCUCAGAGCAGCCCUCCGCUUCUCAGUUCUGCCUCCCAGACCCACAGCCGCAGCCCUCCCAGGUCCCCUGCCACGGAGAGCUACUGUGCCCAGUUCCAGAGGGAUGCCGUGGCGUGCCAGGAGAAAGAGGGGAGAGCUGGCUUGGCUGGGGACCCAGCGGGGCACAGACCCCCCGUGGGUGGGGUCCGUGCCCCACUCUCUCAGGAUGAGCCUACCAAGCGCCCCAGAGAGUCCGUAGAACCCCACGCAAGCCCAGUACAAGAAGUGGCUGCCCCCCUGAGCUCCGAAGGAGAGGGCACUUUGCGAGGACUGCCCUCUGCCUCCUCCGAUACCACGUCUCCCUCCUCGGACCCCGGCAUAGAGGCUGAUCUCACCAGCCGGACCUCCAAGGCCUUCCCCCCAUGCACCCAGCACUGUGAGGGCCUCAGCUCCCCCAGCUCCGACUCUGACGUGGAGGGGGAAAUUGAGGCAGCCUUCGCAUCUAACGGGAGCCGCUUGGCUAGCAACAUGAUCUCCAGUAUCUCUGAAACGGAGCUGGACGUGAGCAGCGAGAGCAGCAGUGGCCGUUCCUCCCACCUCACCAAUUCCAUCGAGGAGGCCAGCUCCCCAGGCUCCGAGGCUGACCUGGAAGCAGACCUGGAUGCCCCGGGCGUGAUGGGUUUGAAGGACGCCCUCCUGCUGGAUGCCAAGAAGGAAGAGGAGGGCACGCGGCUGCCCGCAGAGGAGAGCCUGCACCCCCUCAAAAUAGAGGAGUUCUACGAAGACCCCUCGGUGCCCGUUGACCAGACUGAGCCGCCUCCUUCAGGCCAUCUGGAGCUGGAGAUCAACCCUGACCACAGUCUGGAAAGCCUGCGGCGAUCCUUCUACCUGCCGGUGGGGCGCCAACUCCUGUGCGAUGGGGCGGAAGAGGAAGGGAACAGCGAGUACGAUUCUGAAUCGGACUCGGAGUCGGAACCCGACCUGAGUGAGGAUUCGGACUCUCCGUGGCUGCUCAGCAACUUGGUGAACAAAAUGAUCUCAGAGGGCUCCUAUCCCAUCAAGUGUGCCGACGAAUGCUUCCCGGCUGCUCACUCCCUCUCUGACACUAUUUCUCCGGCCUCCGAUCUGGAGCCGGAGAUGCCCAGCGAGGCCCUGAAUGACGCCCAGCCCUGCCCGCAGCAGAGCAUCGAGCUGGUGGACAUGGAGACGCUGCGCUGCUCCCUGCAGGGGGCCGAGGAGGAGAAGCCCCUGGGGGUCCAUCCUGCGGUGGAGAAGGGCUCUCAGGCAGGGCACACGGGGCCCUACCUGCUCAUGAGCAACUCCACCAAUGACGUCAUCGCGCCCGUCUUCCCAGGGCGGCCCUAUUCUGGCUGCCGCAUCAACCCUGUUGCCGCCAAAACCUUCCCCCCCAGGGAGCCCCCUGGCAAGGCCGACCCAGCUACGGAGGAGGAGGAGGAGGAGGAGGAGGAGGAGGAAGAAGGUGCCAUCGAUGGGGACCUGGACUCAGGCAUCUUGGAGGACAACGACAUGAUCGAUGACAUCCGGUUAGAACCCAAGGAAGGCCUGGAUGUCUCCACGGCCAAGACCAACCGCUGCUUCAGCCUGUCCUAUUCCCCCGAGGAGGAUGCAGGGCAAGGGUCCCCUUUCGGCCAGGCGCUCCCCCUCCCGCCACCCGCGGGGAUGCUGGACGACUCCCUGGCCUACGACUCGGUCAAGUACACCCUGGUGGUGGACGAGAACACCCAGCUAGAGCUGGUCAGCCUCAGGCGAUGCACUUCCGUGCUGAGCGACGACAGCGAGCUGCUCCGUGCCUGCGACGCCACUGACCCGGAGGAUGCCGCCAGUGACUUUGGGGAAGGGCUGGGGGCUCCUGACGGGCGCAGCUCCUCCUCGGAGGACUCCUCCCCGGAGGCCGAUCUCCACUUCUCCAAGAAGUUCCUCAACGUCUUUGUCAACAGCACCUCCCGCUCCUCCAGCACCGAGUCCUUCGGCCUGUUUUCUUGCAUGGUGAAUGGAGAGGAGAGAGAACAGACCCACCGAGCUGUGUUCAGGUUCAUCCCUCGCCACGAAGACGAGCUGGAGCUUGACGUGGACGACCCGAUCCUGGUGGAGCUGGAGGAGGACGACUACUGGUACCGGGGCUACAACAUGCGCACAGGGGAGCGUGGCAUUUUCCCGGCCUUCUAUGCCCAUGAGGUGGUGAGCCAGGCCAGGGACGUGGCAGGGCUGAAGCGGAAUCCCUGCUGGGUGGAGCACUUCAACGUCCAGUUCCUGGGCUCGGUGGAGGUGCCCUACCACCAGGGCAAUGGCAUUCUGUGUGCGGCCAUGCAGAAGAUUGCCACCACCCGGAAGCUGACCGUCCACCUGAGGCCUCCAGCCACCUGUGACCUGGAAAUCAGCCUGCAAGGCAUCAAACUUAUUCUGACCGUCAAUGAAUACAGUCAGGACGAAGAGUUGGAGCGCUGCAGCCAUUUCUUCCAGAUGAAGAAUGUCUCCUUCUGCGGCUGCCACCCUCGCAAUAGCUGCUAUUUUGGGUUCAUCACCAAGCACCCCGUCCUGAGUCGCUUUGCCUGCCACGUCUUCGUUUCGCAGGAGUCCAUGCGGCCAGUGGCCGAGUGUGUCGGCCGCGCCUUUCAGGAAUACUACCAGGAGCAUCUUGAGUUUGCUUGCCCCACAGAAGACAUAUACCUGGAGUAGGACGUGAGCUGGAGGGCAGCCCCUCCCCCCUCCCCAGUUUCACACCCCUUCAGAGAGAUGGACCCAGACGCCUGAGUCCUGCCAGGCAGCCCAGCCCACGACUCCCCUGCACGAGUGGGGCCUGGCAUUGGGGACUUUGGGGCCCAGGCUAGUCUGGCGGUCAUCUUGCCCUCUCUCCACCUUUCCCAAUCCCCCCCACCCCCCACAAUCUCCCAAUGUGGCCAGGGGAGCGGAUGCUUGGCAGGGAGGAAAUGAGGGUGGAGAGGAGGGAUCCUGAGAAGGAAUAGCUUUCCUGCUUGUUCCCAAGAAUUACGGCCUUUGUAUGAGGUCCCUUGUUUGGGCUGGAAGGAAGGCUGGGAGGGAUGGGCAAGCAUGGAUGGGCCCCUCCCUUGAAGAAACUUGCCUGGGGAAAGGGCUUCCAUCUGCCAGCCCCCCCACCGGCCUCCCUUCAUUCCUUCUUGUUGGGGAGGGCAAUGCCUCCCCCGCUCUGCUCCCUGCCUCCCCUCUCUGCCUGGCCUCGCUGCUCUGGCUCCCCACUCGGUACGUCGGUUUUUCAAGAAGAGGGGCUGUAUGUGUGCGCACACCUCCCCCCCAUCACCUGCCCCCCCCCCUGCAUAUUUUCCUGUUAAUUCUCACCUGCCAGGGGCAAAGCUUGAGUUGGGGGGAGUGCAAGAUAGACCCCCCCCCCGCAUGCUGCAUGGCAGCCAGGAACCCAAAGAGAGUUUCUGCAGGCAGCUCCUUGGCGGAAGUGGGGAAAUGGGGGUCCACCUGUCUGGGGGGGGGCAGAGGGCAUCUUCCUUCCCUCUGGUCCUGCUGUGGCUAGGAGGCCCCUUCUGGUGGAGGGGGGUGUGAGGAGACGAGCAAGGACUAUUCCACAGAUCACCAUUUGCAGAAAACCCAGGAGCCCCUCCCCCCAUAGUUUUCUUUUGCGGAACCCCCAGGGCACCGGUAGAGGGUCGGCCUGGACUCCCUCCCCAGCUCUCCUCUCUGCCCCCCCCCCCACGCCCCUGCUGUGCCUGGUAAACGCAUCUGCUUGCCAGCCCGCCUGCCUGGACCCGGUCCGAGCUGAGCUGAGUAGUGGCCACUGCUGUCUGUUCAUGUAACGAUAUUUAUCUGUAACUUCACCCACCAGGAGCAGUGACUUGUACAAACCGGACUAGGGACCCUCCCUACUCACUGCCUUGUCAUGAGUUGGACUUUCAAUAAAAUAUAUGCUUGGUGUCACCGCGGGGCUGUGUGAUUGCUGCAUUUGGGGGCAGCUCCUGCGAGUCCUGGAGACAAAAAGCUAUGGAGAAGGGUUGCAGGAGUUGGGUAUGGCCAGUCUGGAGAAUAGAAGGACUGGGCGGGACAU